AUGUUCAGCUCCAUGAGAAAUAGCCUUAAGGGCAGCAAUAUGAGAUCGUUCUCGACCGCUUCACGUGCGGUUUCGAACGGCUGGAUCCGCCGCGCAGGCGUUGCGGGGGCCGUGGCCACCGGUGUCGCUGCUUCUGCUGCGCUCUACGCUGAUUCGCUCACUGCCGAUGCCAUGACGGCUGCCGAACACGGUCUACAUCCACCUUCUUACGGGUGGUCUCACAACGGUCCUCUGGAGACCUUUGACCACGCCUCCAUCAGAAGAGGUUACCAGGUGUACCGCGAGGUGUGUGCCGCUUGCCACUCUCUCGAGAGAGUCGCGUGGCGUACUUUGGUUGGUGUUUCCCACACUAACCAAGAAGUCCGUGACAUGGCCGAAGAAUUCGAAUACGACGACGAACCCGAUGAGCAAGGUAACCCCAAGAAGCGUGUUGGUAAGUUGGCCGAUUACAUCCCCGGCCCUUACCCCAACGAGCAGGCUGCUCGCGCUGCCAACCAGGGUGCCCUUCCACCAGACUUGUCCUUGAUCGUGAAGGCCAGACACGGUGCUUCCGACUACAUCUUCUCCUUAUUGACUGGUUACCCAGACGAUCCUCCCGCCGGUGUCGUGUUGCCUCCAGGGUCCAACUACAACCCUUACUUCCCAGGUGGAUCCAUCGCCAUGGCCCGUGUCUUGUUCGAUGACUUGGUCGAAUACGAGGACGGUACCCCAGCCACCACCACUCAAAUGGCCAAGGACGUCACCACUUUCUUGCAUUGGUGUUCCGAACCUGAGCACGAUGAAAGAAAGAGAUUGGGUCUAAAGGCCGUCAUCGUGUUGUCCUCCUUGUACUUGCUCUCCGUGUGGGUCAAGAAAUUCAAGUGGGCCGGUAUCAAGACCAGAAAAUACGUUUUCAACCCUCCCAAAAAAUAA